UGGAAGGAGGGAGGCUGGUCAGGGAAGAGGGAAAGCCAUUCUGUCGCUCCUCCUCCUGUAGCUUAUCACUGGCCUCCUGACUCUCUUCCAAAGCCAGCUCAGCUGUGCCAAGGUGGCCGCAGAACAUCCUGACAAGGGCCAGCACCUGCCUAGCCGCCCUGUGCAUCCCAGGCGGCCACAUUAGCUGCUCACCACCCCUGGCCAGUAGGACCGCUUCUGAUGGCUGUGGCCUCGGCUGUCCCAGGGAGCACCUUCUCUAAGCAGCUCCUUUUCGCUCUCCUGGUUCUGGUAUUAUUUUGUGAUGCUUGUCGGAAAGUUUCUCUUCAAGUUCCCUCUCAUCUGAAGGCUGAGACACUUGUAGGCAAAGUGAAUCUGGAGGAGUGUCUCAAGUCAGCCAGCCUAGUCCUGUCCAGCGACCCGGCCUUUAGAAUUCUAGAAGAUGGCACCAUUUACACAACCCAUGACCUACUUUUAUCCUCUGAAAAGAAGAAUUUCUCCAUUUUACUCUCAGACAGUCAGAGGCAGGAGCAAAAGGAAAUAGACAUUGUGCUGUCAGCGAGAGACAAAAAGGUUCUGAUGAAGAGGCAUACCAAAGACCAAGUCCACAGGCGCAGUAAGAGGAGGUGGGCUCCUAUUCCUUGUUCACUGAUGGAGAAUUCACUAGGCCCAUUUCCACAACACAUUCAGCAGAUCCAAUCUGAUGCUGCCCAGAAUUAUACCAUCUUUUACUCCAUCAGUGGACCAGGAGUGGACAAAGAGCCCUUCAACUUGUUCUAUAUAGAAAAAGAUACCGGGGAUAUCUACUGUACACGCAGCAUUGACCGUGAGCAAUAUGACCAGUUUUUGGUUUACGGCUAUGCGACCACUGCAGAUGGCUACGCCCCGGACUACCCGCUCCCCUUGCUGUUCAAAGUCGAAGAUGACAAUGACAAUGCCCCGUAUUUUGAAACCAAACUGACAGUUUUUAGUGUGCCUGAGAAUUGCCGCUCUGGAACUUCAGUGGGACAGGUGACUGCCAUAGACAACGAUGAGCCAGGGACACUACAUACCCGCCUGAAAUACAAAAUCCUGCAGCAAAUCCCAGAUCACCCCAAGCAUUUCUCCAUACACCCAGACACAGGCGUCAUCACUACCACCACGCCUUUGCUGGAUAGAGAGAAAUGUGACACUUACAGGCUAGUCAUGGAGGUCCGAGACAUGGGAGGCCAGCCCUUUGGUCUAUUCACCACAGGAACAAUCACUAUUUCACUUGAGGAUGAAAAUGACAACUCGCCAUAUUUUACCCAAACUUCUUAUACUACAGAAGUUGAAGAAAACAGAAUCGAUGUUGAGAUUUUACGAAUGAAAGUACAAGACCAAGAUUUGCCAAACACUCCUCACUCAAAGGCAGUGUACACAAUCUUACAGGGAAAUGAAAAUGGAAAUUUCAAAAUCACCACAGAUCCAAAUACAAAUGACGGGGUCUUGUGUGUUGUUAAGCCAUUAAACUAUGAACUCAAUCGCCAAAUCAUCCUACAAAUCGGUGUUCUUAAUGAAGCCCAGUUCUCCAAAGCAGCUAACUCACAAACUCCUACCAUGUGCACUACAACUGUCACUGUGAAAGUUAAAGACAGUGAUGAGGGUCCUGAGUGCCAGCCACCAGUCAAAGUUAUUCAGAGCAAAGAUGGCUUGCCAGCUGGCCAAGACCUCCUGGGUUACAAAGCCAUGGACCCAGAAACCAGCAGCAGUGAAGGACUGAGGUAUCAGAUGUUAGGAGAUCAAGACAACUGGUUUGAAAUUAAUGAGAACACUGGAGACUUGAAAACUUUAAAAAUACUAGACCGAGAAUCAAAGUUUGUGAAAAACAACCAGUACAACAUUUCAGUGGUGGCGGUGGAUACGGUUGGCCGGUCUUGUACGGGAACAUUGGUAGUUCUUCUGGAAGAUUCUAAUGACCACCCACCACAGAUUGACAGAGAACUAACCAUCUGUCAGCAGGAAAAGGAUUAUGCUGUUUUGGAACCUGUAGAUCUAGAUGGGCCUGAUAAUGGUCCACCGUUUCAGUUCCUUCUGGAUAAUUCUGCCAACAAACUUUGGACUCUAGAGCCACAUGAUGGUAAACGAGCCAUUCUUCGUCAACGACACAACCUCAAUUAUAACUAUUAUUCUGUGCCCAUCCAAAUACGAGACAAACAUGGUUUAGCUGCAAAACACGUAUUGUCAGUGAGAGUGUGUGACUGUACAACUCCAUCCGAGUGUAGAAUGAGUGUUAAAGAGGAGAGGGACGCUAAACCAAAUGUAAUACUUGGAAAAUGGGCCAUUCUCUCCAUGGUGCUGGGGUCUGCAUUGUUACUGUGUAUUUUGUUUACAUGUUUCUGUGUUACCACUGCUAAGAGAACAGUAAAGAAAUCCUUCCCAGAUGAUGUAGCCCAGCAAAACCUAAUAAUAUCAAACACUGAAGGACCUGGAGAAGAAGUGACGGAGGCAAACAUUAGACUCCCCACUCAGGCAUCCAACAUCUGUGACACCAGCAUGUCUGUCGGUACUCUUGGUGGCCAAGGGAUAAAAGGACAGCAAAGCUUUGAGAUGGUCAAGGGAGGUGGACAUCACACCCUGGAGUCCAGCAAAGGAGGCUUGCAGGGAGCAGCAGAGACUGGCCGCUAUGCAUACACAGACUGGCAGAGUUUCACUCAACCUCGGCUUGGCGAAAAGGUGUACUUGUGUGGCCAAGACGAGGAACAUAAGCAUGGUGAUGACUACGUUCGUUCGUAUAACUACGAAGGCAAAGGCUCCAUGGCAGGCUCUGUAGGCUGCUGCAGUGACAGGCAGGAGGAGGAAGGCCUGGAGUUUCUAGACCACCUCGAACCCAAAUUUAGGACAUUAGCAAAGACGUGUGCAAAGAAAUAA